CUAUACUUUAGUUGUGGUCCUAAAUGUUCAAUGGGCUUAAUGGAGAAUAGCUUUGCAUCAUCCUCAUCAUCAAUCACCAUCUUUUCCCUCGAACAUCAUUUGUUCACUGCAAUUUCCAGGUUUGUGUUCAACUUCACUAUUAUUACGUUUGGUUUAUUCAUGUAUUUAAUUGUUUAAUCACAAAUUAGGGUUUCUACAUUCAGUUUCUGACUGUUCUUUAUAAAAAUUGAAGUUUCUACUUUCUAUAGGAAUCUGAAAUUUUGCAAAUGCGAUAUCGCAUUAUCACUAUUCCGUCAAGUUCUAUGGAUAUGGUUCUGCAGUUUCUUUUAUCCAAAAUAGUCGUUUAUUUCGUUUCUAGCAUAAUAUGGUGUCCCCUUGUAUGCAAUUAACAGGUUAAUUGAUUUGACCUAAUUGCACUCUAUCCACUCUUACCAGAGUCGUUGAAUAGGGUUAGGGGUUAGCGAACUAGUUUUAUCAAAUCAGGAAUAGGUUGCGAGAUUUUCAAUCUUUCAGAAGUACUUCGCUUUGCUCUUUUUUACAUGCUUUAUGAUUCUAUUUUUCCGACUUUACUUUGCUCUUUUUUCUUUGUCUACUGAUAAUUCUACUCAUUAUACUGUCUACUGAAUACUCCGACAAUUCUGAGCUUAUAUUGAAGAUUGGUCAUUCUGGGUUUGUAGUGAAUAAUUGCUUAAAACCCAAUUAUGAGAUUGUUUGUGGAUUCUACUUCAACAAUUGAAUGGCUUUAAUUUCUGAUCCAGUGGCAAUCUUUACAGGUAUAAAUUAUCCCAAAUCACUAUCUCCAAUUCAGAAGUUAACCACAAACACAUCAACAAAUAACCGAAAAAGCCACCCUGUUUUUAAAAAGAUCUGUAUAACAAGACAUAAGUUUUUAGUUGGAGAAGAUUAUGGUGCCAAAUAUGCUAUUUCAGUAGCAAGAGGAAACAACAAUGGGCUUAAUUUACAUCAUGAACCCUUUUGGUUAUCACCAACAAAGGGCUUUAUUAGGGGAAUAAAAUCUUUGUUUGCCUUUCUGGCUGAACAACCUAGCCAGCUAAAGUACAUAGAGUGGCCAGGUUUCCAAAAUACGUUGAAGACAGCUAUGUUGACUCUUGUUCUUGUGGCGAUGCUUAUUGUUGGCUUAUCAUCUGUCGAUUCUGGUCUUUGGUAUUUGCUUGUAACGAUUCUAAGGAAACCUGCAUGAUUCUAUUUCUAUUAAUCUCAGUGUUUUUAUUUUGACUUGAUUUAGUCCUUACUUUUUACAAAUUUGUCUUUAUUAGGUUUGGUAGCCUUUUUUUAUUUAUUUAUAAUAAAAUGAUCAC